AUGUUCAAACCUUCCCGACUCUCCGACCAGUUUCGAGCAGACUUGCUGUCGAUCGAUGAUGACCUACAUGUGGAGGAUAUCAACACACUCAAGUUCCUCAUUCAGGAUUUCGCUCCGAGCAAAAAAUUGGAAACCAUAAACACUGGUCACGAAUUGUUCGAUUACCUACAAAUGAGUGGUCGACUGAAUGAACAGAACAAAUGGGUUUUGGCCGAGAUGUUGAAAAGAAUACUGAGACUUGAUCUUCUCGACACGUUCAAAGUGGACGAGAAAGACCUCGAUCAGUAUCUGGCAAAGUUUGGUUCUCAUUUUACUCGCUACAGACUUUUACUUCUGAGACUGGCUGAUGACAUUGGCGUUGACGACCUUCACAAAUUGCUGUUUUGUUCGACCGAUAUUCCUCGAUCCAAAAGAGAGAAAAUUGCGACAGCGAUGGACUUUUUCACUUUUUUGGAACAGUCAAAGAAGCUGAGUCCUGAUAAUGUCGAUCUGUUGGAGGACAGUCUGCAUCAUAUAGGCAGGUGCGACCUUUCACAGUUCGUUACUGAUUACAAACAGUCCUCGUUAACUAAUUAUUCCAAUAACUUCCCAACUGGAGCUCCCGGGAAUUAUGUCUGUGGCACAAAACCGGCAUACCAAAGUGCUAAGUUUAAUCCUACUGCAAGCCAAGCCCCUGUGACAGGACUGCCAUACAAACCUGCUGGUCCUCCUGCUAGACCAGCCCCUGUGACAGGACUACAAGUGGAGUUUUCCAAACCACCAGCACCAUCCCACACAGGUCAAGCUGUGCCCGAUCCAGGGUCAAGGUCACAGCCGUAUCACGAGCAGUCGCCAGAACAAGGUCUUGACAUCAGUAUCCGACAGAAUCGAUUAAAUACAGAACAGACUUCGCAGGCCUCUGCAAGACAAGAUGAUCAAGUUAUUCAGAUGGCUAAGCAGUUGGACAGAAUUGAUGUCGAUCCCGAACCCGUCCCAUAUUACAAGAUGGAUGCCUUGCCUAGAGGAAUAUGUAUAAUAAUUAACAACAGAGAUUUUAAACAGGAUCCAGAUGAUCCAGAUUCAAAGGCAUUGCCUUCAAGGGAGGGAACUGAUGUUGAUGCAAAAAAACUACAAGACACAUUUCAGAGAAUGCAGUUCAUCGUGAAAUGUUACACGAACCUGACUGAUACAGAUAUGGCUCGUCUAGCGUCUCAAGUCUCUCUGGAAGACCAUUCGGCAUUCGACUGUUUCAUCUGUUGUAUUUUAUCUCACGGGGCAGAAGGAAAGAUUUAUGGUAGUAACGGUCGACUGCUCAGCAUCACGGACCUCACAGGUCCGUUCAAAUCGCAGAAGUGUCCAUCCCUGGCAGGAAAACCAAAGCUGUUUUUCAUUCAGGCUUGUCAAGGGAGAGAGAAGCAACAUGGUCAAGAAAUACAGACAGACAGUGCAUACGAACUUGUCGACGUAGACGCACCACCACCGACGGAAGUAAUUCCAAAUGAAGCUGAUUUUCUGUUUGGAUACGCCACGGUGAUAGGGUUUGUGUCGUACAGAUCAAAGACGCACGGAUCCUGGUACAUCUCCAUGCUGACAAAGAUGCUGAACAAAUAUGCUAAGAAGGAAGACAUUUUGAGUCUGCUGCUGUUGGUGAAUAACGAAGUGGGUAAGGCCAACGCAAUGAUGGACGGUGGCCGGUACAAACAGUCGCCAGCGCCGCUCUACACGCUGCGGAAAAAGUUGAUUUUCAGAUGAAAGGGGACAUCUGUGGUUUGCUAGAAUAUACAGACUUCACAGUAUUGCUACUAGCAUUAGUGGUGUAACAAUACAUCGAACUAUCGAUAUGUUGCGAUAGUCAGUGCCUCAAUAGCAAUGCAUCGAUAGUUAAUUCAGCUAUCGAUAACUAUCGCAAUUGCUUGCUCAACUAUCGAUACUUUCGAUAGUAUGCAUGUAGUGAA